AUGGAAGAAGAUGAUGAGACGGCUCGUGCCUUGCCCCGAUGGGUUGAACUUGAAUACAACCAUAUGAGAACACUUGCCGGUUCAAAAUCCACCGUCAAAUUCACUCAUCUAUCUCGCACCGCAUCAAAAUCUCUUUCUGACGCGUUCCUCGACCCCUCUUCCCCUUCUCAACUUCUCUCCUCGGGCGAUGCAUCUCCACAAAAUAUCACGGGGCCAAAAUCUGCGACGAUUGGAUUGGCGAAGGCCAGCUGCCUAGAGGAGGGGAUUAUGCAUCUGCUUAACGAUUCGAAUUGCGAGUUACGGCUAGAGAAUGUGUGUUUAUUGGAUCCGAAGGCUGAGACAGAGUUGAGUCCGGAGGAUGGAGAUGGGCGAUUUGCUGGAUUCUUGUUUGGGGGCAUCUUGGGCGAUGACCCACCCCGCGACCGAACAUCGGAGUUGCGUGCCCUCGGCUUCCCAGGUAGGCGUCUAGGACCUGUACAAAUGACGACCGAUACUGCUCUUGGUGUCACGAAAUUGGUCGUCCAAGACAAGAUUCCACUCGACAAGAUCCCCUACGUUGACUUUCCUACCGUCACAUUCAACGCCAAGGAGAGUGUAGAAAUGCCGUUCCGUUAUAUCCUCGAAGCGGACGGUAAGACACCAAAAAUGCCCCCGGGGAUGAAGGAACACCUAUACGAGGACUUGAACCAAAGCUUCGAAUUUUGAGGCUAGGAUGUCACACGCUCUUGACGCAUGUUCUAUGCUUGAUGCUUGUACGAUUGUUGAGAAGUAUUCUGAGGCAGUUUGUACGAGGCCGAGA